AACACCGCCACCCCACUCACCUUAAACCGCGAGCGCGCAUGCGUCGCGCCAUUGCUGUGAAAUUUGAAUUUUAAAAAAGAAACUCAAUAAAACGUCUUCAAAAAGUUAGAAAAAUAACUUUAAAGUUAAAAAAUAUUAGUUUUCUGUGAUAAUAAAUAAGUGUUUGUUUGUUAAAAAUGAAAGUUUUAUGUUUAUUCUUUGUUACGACUGUCGUGUCGGUUUGCGGACAAACCUUGGGAGGACCAAAACACGACAAAAAGGUGGUAUGCUACAUAGCGACAUGGGCGGUCUACCGGCCAGACCCUGGCAAGUUCAGCUUAGAAGACCUGGAGCCGUCUCUCUGCACCCAUCUGGUCUACUCCUUCGCUGGGCUGAACGAGACUACCAAUACUAUUAAGAGCCUUGAUCCCUGGCAAGACUUGGAGACGGACUAUGGCAAGGCUGGUUACAAACGGCUGGUGGGGCUUAAACAGAAGUACCCUCACUUGAAGGUGACCCUCGCUAUAGGAGGCUGGAACGAGGGGUCCCCUCGGUACUCCAAUAUGGCUAGCAAGCCAGAGACGCGGGCUGCUUUUAUUAAAAGCGUGAUGUUGAUGUUGAAUAACUACAAGUUUGAUGGUCUGGAUUUGGAUUGGGAGUACCCCACAAAGAGGGACGGGAAACCUUACGACAGAGAAAACUUCGUACUUCUUGUAAAGGAACUAAGCGAAGCCUUCGAGCCAUACGGCUACAUCCUCACAGCAGCGUUAGGAGCCGGCAAGACGACAAUGGAGACAGCCUACGAUCUGGCCAAGUUGAGCCGCUACCUCGACCUGAUACAUAUGAUGUGUUACGACUACCACGGCACUUGGGACCGAGUAUUAGGUGCCAAUGCGCCCAUGAAGGGGAUUGGCGAAAAUGACACGCUUAGUGUGGAAUGGACAGUAGAAUACCUACUCUCACACGGCGUGAGUCCCUACAAGAUGGUGCUAGGGUUACCCAUGUACGGGAGAACGUUCCUCCUGACAGACCCUGCGACCAGGGUCUUGGAGUACGGGAAGACGCCAGUGAGGGAGAACGGGUUCAAGGGUCCUUAUACUGGUGAAGCUGGAUUUAUGGGGUAUAAUGAGAUUUGCGUACAAACAACAAACAAGUCAUCUCCUUGGGUGUACCACUGGCAUGAGCAGACAUCCACACCGUACAUUAGAGACGGAGAGAAAGUUAUAGCUUUUGAUAACGGACGAUCUAUUGCUAUUAAAGUCCAAAUGGCGAUCGACAAAGGCCUGGGCGGCGUGAUGGUAUGGUCUAUCGACACAGAUGAUUUCAAAGGCAACUGUAACGAGACUGACGCGUACAUCGACUUCGUGGAGAGACACAAGCGUAUGGUCUAUGACCCUGUCGUCAAGAAGGCUGUGGAGAACUUGCAUAUACCUGAUGUAACCCUCGUAGGCUCCAAAGGUCCAGCCUACGUAAUUCAAGACGACAAAUUGCAUCUCCGUCUACCCCAACCAAAAUACACCAAUUACGCACUGAUGCAAACCAUUAACGAUGCAAUUACACUAGCUGUCGAAGAAAAACGCAUCAUGGACGAAGUAAAACGACUCCAAGAACAUAAUGUAGUGAAAACUGAUGAUGAUAAAGGUGCCAGUAGUUUUUUGCAAAGCAGUGUAGUUUGUGUAGUAUUGUCUGUAGCUUUUGUGUUGAAUUUGUAGUUUUUUUAGUUCCUAUGUGGCAUGGAGUAGGGAUGGGAAUGGAGUGUUGAGAAAAAAAAAUACAAUUGCAUCUGUUUUAUUAUUUUUUGAACCAUUGAACGAAUUCAACAGUUCAGUUUACGAAUGUUGUAAAACGGAUUAUUUUUAAACGAUAAAUAAACUGCUUUUUGAAGUUUUUAUUUAUGAAAUGUAAUACAAGUUUUUUUGCGGUAAUAAAUUAGAAAAAUGAGAUAACAGAUUUUAAUAAAGGAAUUUAAAAUGGUUUUGUGAUGCGUGAUUUAUAUGUAGAUACUCCGUGUUAAGAAUGUAGAUGGUCUCAAAAAAUAACAUUAUAAAUAUAAAUAAUGCUCAUUUUACUGCUAAAUACUCAAACGCUACUUAACCGUGUCAGAGAUACAAUAAACGUAGGUAAGUAACACAAAAAAAAUGUACAUAGCGUUUCAGUAUUCGGCCGUUAGGGUUUACAGAUUAAAAACACAAUUUGUGUAGGUAUUGUAUUUUUAAACAUGGAUAGAUGUAACUGUGCUUAACUCUUUUAUCCUACGUAAGUUAUUAAGUAAGUUAUUAAGUGGACUUACAUUAUGAUGAAUUUUUAGCAUUUUCAAUUACAAAAUGUAUUUGACUUUUUGAAUAAAAACUUGGAAGGUAAUUGGAACACUGCCACGAUUUUUUGUACUUAAAUACUUAAUAAGUAAAACAUUUCAUGUAAAUAUAACAAUAAGAAAUAUUUUUAAACGUAAUUUUAAUGAUAAGUACUUGAUAUUUUUUAUUUUGUGUGAUUUUUUUAUACAGGGUUACUGGUAAGUAGACCGCAUCCUUUCAGGAGGUGAUAGUAUAGGUCAAUAUGGACAAAUUUGACCCUGGGAUAUACUGGGCAAAAGUUAACCCGUUUCAAGAUAAUCGAAGUUCAAGAUCAGUCGUCUAGGUACACGUAUAAAUUUUCAUUAUUAGUCAAAAGUCUCUUUUUUGUAGAUUUUUGUGUGUUUUUGGAUAGAAGAUGAAUCACUUCAUAAUAACAAACUAUAAAACUGUACAAAUCACAGAGGAAAUUAUAGCGAACAGCAAUUACUUUUUUUGUAGUUAUUUUCUCAAAAAUGUUACUCUUCAUUUUUUUGUGCAGAAUACUUAAAAAACAUCUACAUCUAUCUAGCUAUCCAAAAAGGCACAAAACACACAAAAAUCCGCAAAAACGAGACUUAAACUAAUAAUAAAAAUGUAUUCGUGUACCUAGACGACUUGUAAAGAAAAGAUCUUGAAAUUCGAUUAUCUUGAAACGGGUCAACUUUUGCCCAGUGUAUCCCAGGGUCAAAUUUGUCCGUAUUGACCUAUACUAUCACCUCCUGAAAGGAUGCGGUCUACUUACCAGUAACCCUGUAUAAUUAAUCUUUGUAAAAACUAAAUUGUGUAUUACUUAUCUUUUUUUUAAAGUCGGAUAGCGACAUCCUAUAUCAAAGAUUUUAUGUAUUAAAUACUCAUUUUAUUUUUAUAUUUUGUGUUUUGUACGUUUAUAAAAUAAAAUAUGUUAUGACAGA